GUGACCCGAUUAGAGGAGCGGAUAGGGACGUACGAAGAUUCCGAACGGGUACACGAGGAGCGAGCUUCCGAGCUGGCGAACCUACUUGAAACUUUAAAACGUUUCGACGUGGAUGUCGGCUCUGUCUGUCAACUCGCGGCGGAAGCUUUGAAGAACUUGACCGACCGGGGAAACUUAUUCGAAGAAAGCAUGAAGAAUCUCAGGCAUCUCGCCUGGACCGUGAAAGACAGAAAGGAUGAACCGCAACUGGUUUUAUUAAGGGAACAGAAUUCCGUUUUGAGAGAAGUCGUGAAGAAACUUAAAAGGAAGUUUCAGAUACUCGAACAGACGCACAACGAAAUCCCGAAAAGUGAGGACGAAAAACGACGCGCACACGUAUUUCCUGAAAACGAAACAAUUUCGCGAAACAAUAAUGGAAACUUAUUAAAUCGAUCAACGUUCAACGAAAAUACUGUUCUAGUGGAGAAAAAUUCACUAAAUCCGUCAAUUCGAGAAAAUAAUUACCACAACGACACGAAGAAUUGCAAGGAACACGAUGUGACGCCUGUAAUAAUUGGCGGGAACAAGAAUGAGAAUAGCAAUCAGAACGAGAAUCGCAAUAAGUUCGAUAUUGAUAGUUCGAUAAUCGAUAUGCGCGGGAAAGUGAUGUGCCUUGAAUCCCAUUCGAAUGGCGUGGUUUACGAAGAAUACGUAUUCAAAUUGGCGACUAAUCGAGAGAUAAAAAUUAAAUAUCCCGUUUCGCUAAAAAAUAUCGAAACAAUGGUUAAAUUAGAGUUCGUAGAUAGUGAAACGGAUUAUGAAAACACCCCUUCGGACAGGAUGUUGAUACUAUUUAAAGAUAUAUAUGCAGUCGUGAACGUCAAACAAACCGGAAUACCGUGUAGUACGCAAACGAUGAAAAUGAGAACUUCAAACAACUUCACGCAAACGACAUUUACUGGAAUAAAUAAAUUUUCUCGUUUAAACGCUGGCAUCACGGUGAGUAAGGAAAUUUCGAAAUCUUUUACUUUAAACUACGAAUUUAAAAAUUUGAUUAUUUACUAA